UCAAUUCUAUACACUUUUAAACUCCCAUAUCUCCCUCUCUUUCUCUCUCUCUCUCUUACUUGCUUUUUUCCAUCUUAUUUUAUUGUUGUUUGUGCUUUGUUUGUUGUUCUGGGGUAUGGAACUUCAAUUGGGUCUGGCACUUCCAGCCUACACUCCUGCAGUGAAGGUGGUGGAGCUGAAAGGUUGUGGAAAUGAGGCAAAGCAGAAGCUGGGUUCCCAGCCUUGGAGCUUUGGGUGUGAAAGCUACAUGAAAAACAAGCGUGGUUUUGGUGAGGCUUUUGAGAAAAUUGAAGAUCAUGACCAUGUGUCAGAUGGGACUUCAUUGCCUUUGCUAUUGUGGCAUGGCCAGCCAAAUGACGAGGAUGAUCACAAUGGUCUCGGGAAGAGAGCCUCUUGCCCCAUUAACAAGAAUGGUGAGGAAGGAAAUGCAGUUGUUGGGUGGCCACCAGUAAAAUCAUGGAGAAAGAAGGUGAUCUGCCAGCAUCAAGGUGGUCGAAUGGUGUUUGAUCGGACGGCAGAGAAGGAAAGUGGUGGAGCAGGCCCCAUCUACGUGAAGGUGAAGAUGGAGGGAGUGGCGAUAGCGAGGAAGAUCAAUCUAAAGCUGUAUCAGUCGUAUCAGAUGCUCAAAAACUCCUUGACUGCAAUGUUUGCUCGGUGCAAAAAAUGUGACGUGGAUUGUGUACACUACACUCUUACCUACCAAGACAAGGAGGGUGAUUGGCUGCUUGCCGGAGAUGUUCCAUGGAGAACAUUCAUCGAGUCUGUGCAGCGCCUGGAGUUAGUAAGGAAUGGAGGUUGAUGAAAGUGCAGGCAGAUUUGCAGGCUGAGAUCUGGAUUUCCCAAUUAUGCUACUUUAGCUAAACUAUAUAAUGUAUGAUCUAUGGAUGUUAAUUGUUAGCUUGAAUAAGUGAUUGUAGAAAAUGAGUGAAGUUUGCCUAGUUUAUUACUUUAAUUAUUAGUUGCUUGUGACUUUCUACUGUAACAAAUAUCCGAUGCCUGAGUUGAGAUUAGCAUAUAUGUUUGCCUACUAAGAAAA